GUACGUACUUUAAUGACGUGAUCGCUCAGGUUGCACGCUGCUGACGUGUUUGUAGGGAAGUAAGCAAGCUGGCUACCUAGCUAGCAAUUUGAGCGUUAUUUUCAUUAGACGUGUGCAACCAGUGACAGCUCAUCAUGGGAAUAAUAGCCAACGAAUUGAAAUAAUUGGCGUCAGGAGAGAAAUCGGAGCAGAGUACACAGACAAGGAAUUUGCCGUGAAGUGGAUUGAUUCCUUCAAGGGCCAUGGGCAAAUGGAGGAUGCCAGACCUGUAUAGGGCCCCCUUCCCCCUCUACACAAUCAAAGUCGACCCCAAAACAGGAUGGGUGAUCACUGCAGGAGGGGGAGGUGCUUCCAAGACGGGCAUAAAGAAUGCAGUGCACUUCCUGGGUUUGGAGUUGGUAGGAGACCAGCACUGUGCCACCCUGGUGCACUCUCAUGACACAGACACGCGUGCUACCAUGAACCUGGCAAUAGGCGGGGAUGUGAUCGCCGCAGGGCAGGACGACAGAUGCAGCCUCAUGCGCUUCAGACAACGCCAGACCAGGGGCAAGGCCGCAGCCAAGGACGCAGGGGGUGGCAGUGAGCAGGGUGCAGCUAGGAGACGAGCUGGGAAAGGGGGUAAGGGUAGUGAGGGAGCUGCUGCUGCUAGGGGCAAUGUGUCUGAGAUGAAGGAUAACACCACCCAGAUCUCUGUUGACACGUUUGGGGAGGUGCAGUCGGACCUCAACCCCCAGGACCCCCUCCAGAAGUGUGUGAGGUUCAGUCCCGAUCUCAGCCUCCUACUGACUGGCGGAACAGACGGACACAUCAGAGUGUGGGAAUACCCCUCCUUAAAAGAGAAGUUGGACUUCAAAGCCCAUGAGGGGGAAAUUGAAGACUUGGACAUCAGUCCGAAUAACAAGCACCUUGUGACAGUGGGCCGGGACUUUGCCUGCAGUAUAUGGAGUGGCAACCAGCUGGCCAUGAGCCUCUGUUGGCAUGAGAAGAUGCCUCAGAUAGCAGCAAAGUCAUACCGCUAUAUGGCUUGCAGGUUUGGAAAAGUCGAGGACCAGAAAGACACCCUGAGGCUCUACACCGUCCAGAUCCCCCACAAACGAGACAGAAAACCUCCACAAUGCUACCUCUCUAAAUGGGACAGCCAGAACUUCCUACCCAUGCUGACGAACCCCUGCGGCACUGAGGUCAUCUCCACCCUGGCUGUCAGUGACUCUGGAACCUUUCUUGGCCUUGGGACAGUGACGGGAUCAGUAGCAAUCUAUAUCGCCUUUUCACUACAGAAGUUGUACUAUGUGCAGGAGUCCCACGGCAUUGUGGUGACCGAUCUGGCUUUCCUGCCUGACACUCCCAAAGGCCAGAGCCUCAAAGGGAACAACGAGGCAGCCAUGUUGAGUGUGGCUGUGGACUGCCGCUGUCAGAUGCACACUGUACGCAACCGAAGAUCCUUCCCUAUCUGGCUGGUGCUGUUCUUCUGUGGCCUCAUGGUGGUGGGAGCUGUCCUGCUCCUGCAGCAGCUCUUCCCAGGAUUCAUUUAGACAUUGACAGGAGUUAAGGAAAGAAUCAGACUGCCCUACAACCACUACUAGCCCUACAAUCUUCAACAACAACAACCUCCGAGGAACCCACCCUGCCACCACUCAAUCCUGGAACACGCAUCAAUCUCCUACCUAUAGCCAUCGUACCACACUUAACCAAACCGUGGAACAUUUUAACCACACUUGCCCAACCCUGGACUACAUCUACUAUAGCCAUUUACUCCCUCUUAACCCAGCAAGAUUCCCUGAAUCAAUUACUAUACCCGUAACCAAUCUUUGUAUCCCCCAUCCUUCCCUGUCACCCCUGUCCUGAUUCAGGACUUACCCCCCCCCCCCCCAGUGAACCAUCUGUGCUCCUUCCACCCCCAAUUCUGUGAGAAACAAGAUUUAUUUUAUUUUUUCUUGAUCUGUAUCGAUCUUCUUUUUGCUUUUAUACCAUGGUGGGGAGUUAAAGGCUCAACUUAGGUCUAUAUCAUCAUGAAUGUGCAAGGGGUUGGGCCUUUGUUAUCAUAGCUAUUUAAGAAAUAAUUUAAAAUUAUAAAUAUACUUAAAUCAUUGCUCUUCUGUCAGUUUCCAUCUGUCCUGUGCAUACAUAAACACACACUUGUAAUUUUAGCAAGUUGGUUGGAUAACAUUUCUGUGUGUGGAUUUUCUAUACCAGUUUCCAGUGAGGCCUGUGUUUCCUGCUUUGUCCACUAGUUGGCAUCAUUGACCAAAUGUCUAUCUAAUGUUGUUCAUCCCAGACUGGGAAGCAGGCCAGGCAUCAUGACCUUCAGGAAAAACUAAAUCAAUUAGGUUGGUGGACUCCCCUUUUAGCUCCAUUUCCAAUGUUGAAAGACCUGCCAAUUUGAGUUCUGCUCUGAAGGCACCUGUAUAGGAUCUCUAAUCGUCUCCUUUCAGGCCUAUUUCGACAUUAAACCAGAUUGACAGAUGGAAGGGUGGUCUUUUUUUCUGCUCCACACAGCUCCGUAGAUGUGUUUGUGUACAACCAUUCAGUCUGGGCCCAGGGCUUGCUGUGAUUCGUCAGAGCUGGACCAACUGAUUCAUGUUAAUAGUCACUCACGUGACAUUUUAACACAAGUUAGCUAAGAAUGAGAUAAUGAUCCUAAAUAAAAGAUGAGGCAGGCUAUGA